GGAAGCCAAACUUUCAACACCCUUCAUGUACAGCUCUUCUUACAAUUUGAUCGAUUCUUAAGACCUCGUAGGCACGCAAGCCAGUUGUUUGUUACUCAGCUCCAUGCGCCGCAUUCCGUCCGAAGUGGAUCUACACACCGUAAACCGUAUCAACUAGCAGCAUCUAAUUUAGGAGAGCAAUGCCGACGAGGAGAACGCACAACAAGACGAGGUUGGGAUGUCAGCAGUGCAAGAGGAGACGCAUAAAGUGUGACGGCAAACAUCCAACAUGUGCGAACUGCGACAAGAAGGGCGAAACAUGCAGCUUCCUUCAGCUAGCCCCCUUAUCACGGCUCACAGGUCCAACAUUAUCCAGAGGACCAGCGACUUCGGUAUCACCACUUUCUGAAGCUUCUAGCCUACAUACACUCUCACCACCAGAUCCAAAUUCCGCCGAUAACGAAGCUGCCAAGCUAAAGAGAGGCUCCUCGCAAACAUCACCGCUAGCUGGUAAUCAGUUGGUUUAUUUUCCGACGCCGCUACAACGCGACGUCCCUCCAUCAGAACAGUGCCUCGAGCCUCGAGGGUCGUCGAGCCCUAAACCUCCAGUACCUAUUUAUUACCCUGAAAUGAAGAUAUGGGAGAGCUCUAUUCCACCGUACCUUCGCCUAAACGAUGUUUGGAAAGGCAUCAGAGAGCCGUUGCCUCCUUCGCUCCAAGAUGUUCUAUACCACUACGAAUACACGACAAGUCUCACACUAGCCAACGAUGACCCUGCUAAGGCAGCAUGGCAGUCAUGUGUACCUGAGAUGGCACAUGCGCACGAUUUUCUGGUCAAUUGUGUGCUCUCAGUCGCUUCACUCCACCUUGGUCGACUCCACGACGACAAAACUCAAAAGAUAAACAUGAACGCUCUAGCAGCAUCAAGGAUGAACAAAGCUCUGACAACUUACCGCCUUAAUCUGGAGAAUAUCACAGCGACCAAUGCGGCAGCGCUCUUUGCGAGCUCGACACUCACAGCUGUCUACUUGUUUCGCACGUCAGCACUAGAUAUCGAGGCGUUGCGCGAGACAAUACCAUACGGUACUGUCAUACCUCCUCCAGGGGUUGUCGACAAGAUGAUGUCCUGCGUUCUGCGAACAGUUUGGGGUCUCCGUGGUCCGCUCACAGUGCUGAUGAGUGGUUGGAACUAUGUCGUUAACGGAGCGAUGCAUCCAGUCGCGGCACGCAAGUGGUGGCCAAGAAGGCGAACCCCAGCUACUGCUCGUGCAGAGGAAGAGGACCGGCGGCUACAGGAUAUCGACAAACUGUGGAUGGACACAGACAAGGCCUGGGAGCCUCAAACUCGACAUCUGAACGAAGCACUUGCUUUUCUUCGCGAGACGUACGCAUUGGUGUCGCAGCUCACGCUUCCUGGAGUCUUUCCUCCGAUGACGGCGGUUCCUUACGCAGUUGACGACAACACUACUGGCGUGCUCACCGACCGCGGCGCGAUCUUCGUGUGGCCAACACAGAUCUCGCGCGAGUUCAUUCAGCUCCUCGAGAGCAAGGACCGGGAUGCCCUGGUCAUCCUUGCGCACUACGCUGUACUGGCCGGCCGAGUGCGUAACGUCUGGUGGCUCGAGGGUCUGGGUGCCGAUUUUGUCACUGCCAUAGCCAUGGCGAUUGGCAUUGAGAACUGGCAUUUGAUCGAAUGGCCUGCACGUGUGGUUGGAGUCAAUCUGUGGAACGCCUUCGGUGUUAGGCAAGACAGACUUGUGGGCAAGCCUGAUGAGCUGCACAUGGAUGUGAUUUGA